UGAAGCAAGGAUUGACUGAUAAUGUAGACAUGACGUUCAAAUAUACAUUUGCUUUUAUCAUUCGAUAACUUGAAUCAAACAGUAACUAGUUAUUAUCAUAUAUUCUUAACGCUAACAUGCAUUUUUGGAUCCUUGGUUUAUUGUUCCUUUCUGUAAGGCAUGUUGUCAACGGCAGUGGACCUGUCGUCAAUAUGCUUUUGCACAGAGGUGAUUUAAACAGUCCGUUAAUAGAAGAGCUAACUCGCCAUCAUGAAACUACAACUCCGGAUGUAUCAACUCCGGAGCCGACAACUCAGGAGACGACAUCUGCGGAGUGGACAACUCCCGAGGCGACAACUCCGGAGGCGACAACUCCGGAGGCGACAACUCCCUGGAUAACCCAACCUAAAACUACAACUCAGGACGUGAUUCCAAAAGGCCUGCUGUUGAACCUGCUGCGGAACAUGUAUGACGACGCAAACACGAUGUCUGCUCUGGCACGCGGGCUUACAGACAAGGUGACCACUGUUGAACAUGUAGCAGAUCACACGAAAACUCUAUUACUACAAGUCAUCCAACAUGUGGGUAACGACAUCGCGAUUAUUUCCCAAAUGACACGGGGCCUAAUUGAUGACAUCAAGACGGCCGAAGACAUCGCACACAAUUAACCCAUUUAUUCCUAGCGUCUAGAAAAAAAAGGCCUUGGUCAACAGCGUAGACCCAGAUGAGACGCCGCAUGAUGCGGCGUCUCAUCAGGGUCUGCGCUGUUUGCUGAACGGAAUUUCUGUAAUAAAUAUUUUUAAUAUAGAAAUAAAUAUACAAGAUAUCCCUAAUUUUGGAAAUAAAUUGAUCCAAUUUAGAAGGAUGGGAGAGUCCACUAGGCUUAAAUAUGUUAAACCACUGAAAUACGUGUCAUCCGAAACAAUACCUAAAGAGCUGUAAUCGUUUUUUUCUGUUUUAGUAAAAGGCACGUUAAGUGACAAUGUUUGAUAAACAAUAUUUCAUAUGUAAUAAUGCUUGGUUCUAUGAAUUGUUUAAAUUUAAGACAGAAAAAAUCGCUUUCUUGAUUUUAAAAUUGAGACAUUCUUUGGUCAUACUUUCUCGGUGUAUUAGUUAUGAUGUAUGAACGAUUUAUCUUAAGUAAUAGCAACAUUAACCGAGUGUUUCUGUUAUUAUUGUAGCGGCAACAUUGAGCCCCAAAAUAUAAAGGAAAUGGUUUUCAUUGAGGAAAUGCAAUCCUGUUUUCAAUGCUAAACGUGUCCCAUAGUAAUAACAGUUGCAAAGAUAAUGAUUUAAACUUCUAUUAUUGUUGCAUACGUAGUUCAAAUUGUUUUAUCAACA